AUGUUGGGCCAUAAUCCCAACACAGUCUAUCAAAUAACCAAUUACUACAAUGAUAAAGUGCAGGUCCGCAAGAACCAUGUCCACAAAUCCGUUUAUCGGAUUGCCAAGGUUGUGCAGGACGUACUGAAGGAUGUUGAGAGCCAAGAACCCCGAUUCAUUUCGACUUUAGUCGAAACCAAUGGCCGAUACGACGGGUUGAUCGUUCAUUCUCCUCACGAAUAUGAAGCGAUCCUCUACCUGAAUCAAAUGGGUGUAUUCAAUUUCGUCGAUGAUGGUUCCAUCCAAGGAUGUGCUGUGCUCAAAUUGAGCGAUGGACGAAAACGAUCCAUGUCAUUGUGGGUGGAGUUUAUCACUGCAAGCGGCUACCUAUCGGCACGGAAGAUACGCAGCCGAUUUCAAACGCUGGUUGGACAGGUGGUUGAGAAGCAACCUUUCCGGGAUUACUGCAAACUUCUGACCGACACAAGUGACGUUCGAUUACGCGUAGAUGACAAAUACGUCGUUCAAAUUACAUGCGCCUUCCGAUGCAAUGGAAUCUGGCCACGAUCUGCGAGCCACUGGCCGAAUAACACUAUUCCGUGGCCUAAUCCAGCCAUUGCUGCCGAGGUGAAGAACGAGGGCUUUGAUCUAACGAGCCGGGAAACUGGUGCAGUCUCAGCUCAACAAAACAAGCAGGCCAGCUCCAUGGAAGGGGAUGCCUGGGCGAUGAAUCUUACAGGAGCAGAGAAUGUGCUCUUGGCCGGUAAUCGACGAAAAGCGCUCAGCAUUCUGAAGUGUUUACGGGACACUCAUCUUGACUUUCCCGGCACUCCUAUCACUAACUAUAUUCUGAAAACUUUAAUGCUAUAUGAGUGUGAAAAGCACUGCAAUGAUUAUGAAUGGGAAGACAACUGUAUCGGGGACAGGAUAAUUGGCGUCCUUUUGCAAUUGGUGAGUUGUCUUCAAUGUCGGCGAUGUGCGCACUAUUUCCUUCCACAACUUGAUCUGUUACGAGGGAAGCCUCAUCAUUUACUUGAUCAAAGCUCGAAAAUGGCAUGGAAUCUCGUUCGCCAACUAAUGCUCAACGCUCGUGCCCUUGAAACGCUGUAG